AUGCAAAUUUCUAAGAAACGUAAGCGUAAUUUGUAAAUAAGAUUCUACGGAUUUCUAACAAUAAUAUUCUCGAGGAAUAUUUUCUAUUCUUUAAUAAUAAUUGUUUUAUUUUCUAUCCUAUGACAGAAAGAUGAUAAGGAAAGUCUAAAAACGUCAAUCUAUGUUAAUAAUACAGAUUUGUCAUUUUUUAAGCGUUUCUAACAUACAGAAUGAUGAUUUAAAAUCUGUUUUAGACAAAGAAGUACAGAAGCCCGGUGAAAGUAAGAAGGAACUGCUCAAAUACGAUACCCAUGGUUCUAUCGUCAUUGUACCAACUGCUGAUGACAAUGACAUGGAUUACACUUGUGAGGCGAACCAUUCUGCGAUACCUAUUGGCAUGCCUUUACGGGAAACCAUUAAACUCUCCGUUUUCUAUCCACCCGGCAUGCCGUACAUCGAGGGAUACACCGAGGGAGAGACAGUGAAACGUGGACAACAGUUGGAACUGACCUGUCGAUCUCGCGGCGGAAAUCCACCCGCGCAGAUCGUCUGGUACAGAAACAAUGAACAGGUCAGCACCGUGUAUCGUACCGAGGGUAGCUUUUCCGAGAGCGUGUUGUCGAUCAUUGCCAAAGCUCAAGACAAUAACGCAAGGUACAGAUGCGAGGUGUCCAAUAUCAUGAGCGUGGAGCCUAUGAAGGUGCACGUGGAUCUCACCGUGCUUUGUGAUCGCGCCAUCCGGAGUGACGAUCAGCGGGCCCACGGAAGCGAAGGCCGACGAACAAGUGGUGAUCACCUGCACCACGGAGAAUUCGAACCCACCGGCGGAUAUCAAAUGGACGGUGGACGGUCAUAAUUUUGAAAGUAACGCUUCCAGGACCGAACCGGCUCCUCAAGGCGGUUGGAUCACUACCUCGAACGUAACUUUUAACAUAAAUCGCACCAGCCGUAGCAUCGUGGUGAUAUGCGAUGCGUCCAAUGUCAAGCUGACGGAAAACGUCGUCAGAACACAUACCAUAACCGUGAUUUGUGAAAUGGAAGUACGAAGUCCCUUUAUUUAUUUUGCGAUAGAUCCACCGUCGAGGCUUAUGAUCACCGGUUACGAGGAAGGAACUACGAUCGACGCUGGUACGCUGCUCAAAUUGACAUGCACCGCCACUUCCGGCAAUCCACUCGCUACAUUAAGUUGGUACAAGAAUGAUAGAAAAGUACAAGGAAGCAUGAGAACACGAGAUCACGCGGUUUCCAGCGAGCUGACGAUACUCGUAAACGCGUCCGACAAUAACGCGCGCAUACGAUGCGAGGCAGCGAAUUCCGCAACAGAAAUUCCUCUGCUCAAAAUACUCGUGCUCAAAGUUAACUUUCCGCCCGAGAAAGUGAAGAUCAGCCGCGAGCCGCAGAAUCUGCACGCGGGCCAAGAGGGUCGUAUCAUUUGCGAAUCGAGCAGCAGUAAUCCGGCGGCGGAGAUGUCCUGGUGGAAGGACGGGAUCCCCGUACAGGGUACCAAAAAUGGCACUAAGCCCGGCUUACACGGCGGAUUUCUGUCGUUCGUCGAGCUCACGUUGGACGUGACGGAGAAGAUGAACGAAGAAGUGUACACAUGUCAAGCGCGAAACAAUCAAAUGGACAGGUCUAUUCAUGACGCCACCACUCUCGACGUAUUGUACAAACCUAUAUUCUCAUCGAUCGAGCCUUACGAAUUAAUCGGAAUGGAAAACGAACCUUUUGUGAUUUCUGUUUCUGCUAUGGGGAAUCCUAACGAUAUAAGAUACACGUGGACUAGGGAUGGUUUGCCAUUGGUCAGCAAUAGCAGAAGGAUAUCUGUUCGCGCUUCUACUUUAAAUAUAACUAAACUGGAUCGUCACGAUGCUGGAACUUAUAUCUGUGAGGCGACUAACGAGGAGGGAACGACGUUUUAUCAAUUGAAUCUAACUGUUCAAUACUCGGCAAAAAUUAAACGCACCUCGACGUCGGGGAUAGUGUAUCCACCUGGAAUCGAAGCGAAAUUGUUCUGCGAAGUGGACGGCAGCCCCAUAGGAGACGAGUAUGUCACGUGGCAGAAAGUUGGCUCGAACUCGGAGCUCUCCGGCCGAUAUUCCACCUCUUUUAUCAACAAAACUUCUUAUCUGCACAUCGAGAACCCUGAUCAGGAGGACGUCGGAGAAUAUCAGUGCAAAGUUAACAAUGGAAUAGGCAACGUUACCUCCGAGCCUAUACUUUUCGUUACUAACUUCAAACCGCAAAUGAUAAACACACCGUUGACGAGAAAAGCAGCGGCAAAUAAAGGAAUAAAUGUACAAUUGUCCUGCAAAGCACGAGGUUCGCCCUUGCCGCGAUAUUCUUGGUCAUUCAACGGAAAAACCUUGCUACCUAAUGUCACGGAUCACAAAUACGGCAUUACUCAUACUGACCUAAGCGAAUUAAUUUCCGAAUCGACACUAACCAUUUUCCGCGUAACGUCGCACGAUUACGGGAAAUACGAGUGCCGGGCGAUGAACAAAAUGGGACAGUCGACGGAUAUCAUACACCUGGACGUAACAUCGCCGCCAGACAAGCCGACCGACCUCGAGAUCUAUAACGUCACCCACGACUCCGUCACCCUGAUGUGGAAAAGAGGAUUCGACGGCGGUUUGCUAACCUCCUAUCAGAUACGUUGGCGACAGGCAGUAGACUACGAGGAUCGAUACCACUAUCUCGAUGUAUCGCCAGGAGAAUAUAAAACUACGAUAACAGGAUUGUCCCUCGGAACUUACUAUGUGUUCAGCGUGAAAGCCAUUAACGAGAAAGGGGACAGUGGAUUUCUGCCGGACCUGGUCAAAGUUCAGACGCUACGGGAGGCACCACCUACCGACGUGACAUCCAGCGAGAUUAAUUCUUCCUACAUCAUCGUCAUUAUCAUCACUGUUUCCGCCUCUGUUUGCCUACUCAUUGCUGCGCCCAUAGUCUUUGCUACAUUAAAAUCGAAAAAGAAGACCCAACGUUCCGGAAUCAACAAGUCACAAACAGCGGAUAUGUACGCGCCAUCAACCGUGAACGGAGAUACCAUGACCGGCGAGUUAAGUUCAGUUUCGGAUGAGAAGAGCGACGUUAACUUCGACACUAACGAUUACGUGGAUGAGGGACGAAAAACCGCAGCUAGCACGUAUUUGAUAGAUCAAACUAUGCAAGAUUUUGGGAAAGGGAAUAUGGAAAUGCAGGUACACCAUCAGGGUACUCUUGGUCGUCGUGGCAACCACAUUCAACCGCCGAUGAGCAUGGAUUCACCGCCGCAGAGAACAACAGCCAGUGGAACUCUUUCUGUUUCGAAAUCGAGUUAUAUCGGGAACCCCAGCCCGGCCCCACCGAACGACGUGAACUUUUACAGUGUGGAGAUUGACAAUGGCCGUUACAUGGGCUACGAGACGAAUCACAGCCCGAUUCCGGUAGUAGGCGACCCAGGCUCGGGGAGUUAUUAUCCAUCCAUGAGUCCGACCGGGCACAUGACGUCGAGUCACAUAAGCAGCGGGACGAGCACAUUAACACGUAGCAGAACCCUACCGCGUCCAGUACCGCCACCGGAUGUGACCGUGAUGACCGCCGGCUCGAAGUCACCGAUACCACCAUCGGUACCUCCGCCACCGACAACUUUCGCCCGGUCGGUAUCCGGCAACGCGCACACCCAUGGCCAUCCGUUGUCAACCUUCACCCCAACGCCGGCUUAUUCUGACAUUGACGGUCAUCUUGUCUGA